AGGGCUGGAAGCUCAUGGACAAGGUGGUGCGUUUGUGUCAGAACCCAAAGCUGGCAUUGAAGAACAGCCCACCCUAUAUCCUCGAUCUGCUCCCUGAUACCUACCAGCAUCUACGAACCAUCCUGUCGCGCUAUGAGGGGAAGAUGGAGACCCUAGGAGAAAACGAGUAUUUCCGUGUCUUCAUGGAGAACUUGAUGAAGAAAACGAAGCAGACCAUCAGCCUUUUCAAGGAAGGGAAAGAGCGGAUGUAUGAGGAGAACUCUCAGCCUAGGCGUAACCUGACAAAGUUAUCCCUGAUAUUCAGCCACAUGCUGGCAGAACUCAAAGGUAUAUUCCCAAAUGGCCUUUUCCAAGGAGACACGUUCCGGAUCACCAAGGCAGAUGCUGCAGAAUUUUGGAGAAAGGCUUUUGGUGAAAAGACUAUCGUUCCUUGGAAGAGCUUCCGUCAGGCCUUGCAUGAAGUGCAUCCCAUCAGUUCAGGGCUGGAAGCCAUGGCUUUGAAGUCAACGAUUGACUUGACGUGCAAUGACUACAUUUCAGUAUUUGAAUUUGAUAUUUUCACACGACUUUUUCAGCCAUGGUCGUCUUUGCUCAGGAACUGGAAUAGCCUAGCAGUGACUCAUCCUGGUUAUAUGGCAUUCCUAACCUAUGAUGAGGUGAAAGCCCGGCUUCAGAAAUUCAUUCACAAACCUGGCAGUUACAUUUUCCGAUUGAGUUGUACACGACUCGGUCAGUGGGCCAUUGGCUAUGUCACUGCAGAUGGGAACAUCCUUCAGACAAUCCCCCACAACAAACCUCUUUUUCAAGCACUGAUUGAUGGCUUCAGGGAAGGCUUUUAUUUAUUUCCCGAUGGCCGGAAUCAGAAUCCUGACUUGACUGGCUUGUGUGAGCCCACACCUCAGGACCACAUUAAAGUCACACAGGAACAAUAUGAAUUGUACUGCGAGAUGGGCUCCACGUUUCAGCUCUGUAAAAUAUGUGCUGAAAAUGACAAGGAUGUGAAGAUUGAACCGUGUGGCCAUCUGAUGUGCACGUCCUGUCUCACUGCGUGGCAGGAAUCAGAAGGCCAGGGUUGUCCAUUUUGCCGCUGUGAAAUCAAAGGCACGGAGCCAAUUGUAGUAGACCCAUUCGAUCCCAGAGGAGGAGGAGGGUUAUCACGGCAAGGGGCAGAAGGAACUCCCUCACCCAAUUAUGAUGAUGAUGAUGACGACAGAGCUGAUGAUUCCCUCUUCAUGAUGAAAGAACUCGCUGGUACCAAAGUUGAGCGUCCUCCUUCUCCGUUCUCAGUAGCUCCACAGGCCACGCUCCCUCCUGUGCCGCCGCGACUGGAUCUCUUGCAGCAGCGAGUGUCCAACCCGCCGGGGGCUUCCAGUCCUGGGACCUCUUCAAAGGCUGCACCUGGUACUCUUCACAAGGAUAAACCUUUGCCGAUCCCACCCACGCUCAGAGAUCUCCCACCACCACCACCUCCGGACAGGCCACAUUCCAUUGGGACUGAAAGUCGACCUCAGAGACGUCCUCUGCCCUGCACGCCAGGAGAUUGUCCUUCGAGAGACAAACCACCCCCCGUGCCCUCCAACCGUCAGGCGGACCUGUGGCCAUCCAGGCCAAUUCCAAAAGCCCCAUCUGUAGCUCUUAGCCCUGGUGACCCUUGGGCUGGGAGAGAACUGUCAAACAGGCACUCGCUGCCCUUUUCCUUGCCCUCUCAGAUGGAGUCCAGGGCUGACAGCCAUCGGCUUGGGAGCACGCUCAGCCUGGACAACCCAGUGAGCUUGAACAGCGCUCCAACAACAACCCCAGAGUGUGAACACCCCAAGAUUAAACCCUCUUCCUCUGCCAAUGCAAUCUACUCCUUAGCUGCCAGACCACUGCCUGUACCAAAACUGCCUCCUGGGGAACAGUCUGAAAGCGAUGAAGACACUGAAUACAUGUCACCAUCUUCUCUGCCUGUGGUGCCUCCAGGUCCUGCUGUACAAAAACCAGAGAUCAAAAUGCCUUUGGAAAUGACUCAGAGUUUACGAGUUUUAGACUGCGAGCAGCAGACGGAUGGCUGUACGUAUGAAGCAAUGUACAACAUUCACUCCCAAGCAGCAUCCUCUGCUUUCGAGACUGUCAGCACUUCUGAUGAAGGGGAUCUGGCAGCAGCCACUGCCAGCAAUGGCCCUGAAGAGUCAGAAAAUGAGGAAGACGGCUAUGACAUCCCCAAACCACCGCUGCCAGUUGCUAUUGCUCGUCGCACACUGUCUGAUAUCUCCAAUGCCACACCUGCCUUCAGCCGAAUGUCUUUGGAAAAUGACCCCAUAACAGGUUUUUCAGAUGGCUCUCAAGUUCCAGAAAGGCCGCCAAAGCCGCUACCACGGAGGAUAAAUUCUGAGCGGAAAGCAGGGAGCUGCCAAACAGGCGGAGCCAGCAGUGGGACCAGUGCGUCACUGCAACUCUCCAGUGAGAUCGAGAAUCUAAUGAGCCAAGGCUACUCAUAUCAGGACAUUCAGAAAGCACUGGUCAUUGCACAUAACAAUAUUGAAAUGGCCAAGAAUAUUCUCCGGGAGUUUGUUUCCAUUUCCUCCCCUGCGCAUGUGGCCACAUAGCACAUUACCUCCACACCUACGACGUCUGUGGACCAACUGCCUGGGCAGCCCUAGCCCAGCUAUGCACCAAAGGGGAAGGGGUUCCUUUAGAGACUUCGCGCUGAGGUCAGUCCUGCCUCUUAAGAGAAUCAGUUAUCAGGUUUUUGUGGUUCCAGAUUUCAAAGCAGUGGGAUGAAAUGGAGCAGAAUGGUGUUUUAUACAGUGUAUGUCUUGGAGUCCUUUACCCCUACCUCUUGUUUGAGAGAACAGAUUUAUUUCCAGGGUGUUGGUAGAGAAAGGUAUCGCGACAAGGGAUCCCCGAGCUGAUGCCCUGGAGGCUGGGGGGAGUGUUUGUGCUGUGAAUUCUAAGUGAAUGCUCUGAGAAACAAAGUCUCGAGGUCAGUGUGGUGUGUCCUGUGGUUCAUGGUACUAGGUUUGGAUCUGUUCGCUGCUACGCGUCUGGCUCAGGCUUUUUAGAGCAGCUGGGAGGUCACUUUCUGCUGGGAAUAAAUAGGAGACCUUGGAAGAAUCUUCCGAUUGCUUCCUGUUUGCCAUGGUGUUUCCCUCUUGCCUGUAAUAAUAGCAUUUGUUGCUUACGAUUCAAAUCCUCCCUUUUUGCCUGGAGAGCGCGUGACUGGCUUCUGUCAGACAUUUUGAUCUUGACAGUGCUGGGAGUUGGAUUCCUCCUCCAUGUCCUCUUGCCGGCAGCACUGGCAGCACCAGAUUUCCAGGCAGCUAGAUGUCCCGAAAGUUUUGCGUGUUUUUGAGGGGUGGGAGAGGGUGGGAAGAAUUUGAGUGAGAGCAAAGAACUGGCUGCUGCUUCUCCUUUUAUAGCCUCGAGCAUUUUGUGCUUCAAUGCUCAGACUUGAUUGUGGCCCUGCUGGGCUCGGGCAGCCGUCACUGGACACUCCCAUGUGCUCUUUCUCUAGGAAUGUUGCACCUGGUAAAUAUGAUGUUUUAUUUAUCUUAAUUGCAUGGUGGCUGUUGCAGACUAGUGGCCUUCACACACAUUCCAUCAUCUCCUUCAGAGAGCUUUUGCAGGAGCCAGCUGUCUUUGUGCCAGGCUGUUUUGUGGAAUCGGUGGGUGCAGCUGAUGUAUUCGCUGGUAUCUUACCUGCUUUGCAGUAAAAAGAAAUGCAGCAGUUCUCUGCAUGGCUAUCAAAACAACAUGGGGUCUCUUUUCCUCCAUUUCCAUUACUCUUAAGGUGUUGCCAGAGCUUGUGUUAAAACAGAUCUGGGAAACUGUAUUUGUCAAACGAUCACGUGGCUUUAAAAGUCAGUACUCAGCUGAAAAAAAAAAACCUGACUUGCGUACUCAGUUACUUAACUCUGUUCGUAUACGCUUGAUGUGCGAGAGACGUGUGGUUCCUUUUGAGACGGUUUAAAUCAAGUAGGGAUACACAGACCACGGCCUGACACACGGACGAGUGCUCGGUGUACGCUGGGGGGCUCUUAGCCUUUGGAAGCAUGUCCAGCAUUAUUUGCAUCUCUCUCGAGGGCAGCAGCAGUCACUAGGCAAGGGGCUGCAGCUUGAAAUAUUGUUGGAGUGGUUGUGGCAGUUGGAUGCAGUUUGGCCUUUUAAAGAAUCUCGUAGCUGGGCUCAGGUCUCGGAGAAAGAGCUCGCAGUUGGCAGAGAGGACUUAGCAAGUAUUAGCAAAGGGAACUGAGCAUAAAAUAUUUUGUUUCUGUAAAGUAUGGGCUUCUCUCUAACUCUACAGCUUUCUAAAUCGAAGCGAUGGGUUCCAGGCAGUUUAAAAGCAUGGACUAUCUCUCUUUACUCCCCUCCUUUCUGUAGUAAAGAAGAUGUUCUCUGGAACCGUGAGAUCUCCUGAGAUACUUGCAGGCCAUCACCGCCGUUGCUGUUGCGGGGCCAGGGCUGAAACAUGCCAGUGGCACCCCCGUAGGUUUAUGUCUGUGAGCACGGUGCUCUGCGGUGGUGCCGAGAGAGGUCGGGCGCAGCCAAGAGCAGGAGCUGGCCUUGGUCAGGGUUGCUGAGUUGCAGAGAAGAAGAGCUGUUCUUCUUCCUCUGCCCACGUGCGCAGCGGUCAGCGGUGUAGUGAGCCAGUCCUGCUCUCUGUGUGUGUGAAGCACUCUGCCAGUUUAUGCCCGGCAGCCUCGGUCAGGCUGCCCGGGGGAGCUUCUGGAGAACAAGCCCCGUGCUGGGUGCUGCAGAGGCAGGAGCGAGGGGCAGCUCUGGUGGUUCUCUCAGUAGAUCUGCAUCCUACACCUGUGAACCUGAGCAACCAGUCCUAGAGUAUGAGACUUACCUGGAGAACCAGGUAAAAACCCUUCUGCGAGGGAGCGCUACGAUUUUAUUUCUCUCAUAUUCUCUCCAGUGCUGCCGCUAGCUCCGUGUCGGGUUUGGAGCCGCUUUGACUUGCUGCGUAAACUCAGCUCAAGUGUGGCGUUGUGACUCUUGCCACUGCCAAGGCUGCGCAAGAGCCAAGUCCAGCUAGAAAGCCUUAACUCUUGUCUUGCACAGCGUGUGUGUGAUCGGAGUACUGAUGCCCUGUCCCAUUCAAGCCCUUUAUUACAGGCUUGUUGCAAUGUUCAAUUAAAUCAUGCCCAGCAGAGCUGUUGCAGGCCUGUCUUUGGGGUUUAUCUGCUGAGAGACGUUCCUCUGGGGGUUGCUCCAGGUAUUAGAGAUUAGAGAGAGCAAUCUUUGUGGCAUGUAUCACUAAUUUUUCUGCAUGUGUCCUUUCUGUGCACUGUUUGUGUCUCGAACUGAUUUAAGAAACUUAAGCCUUGGCUUUUCCUCCUUGGACGUGUAAGCAUUUGCUAGUACCGCUGAAGUGCAGCAGAGCCCUGACUGUGUCUUAUGGCUGCGCUCUGUGAAGUCAAUCCAGGCACUGUACAGUGUCUUUUUCUUGUUGUUCUUUCAGAAAGGUAAGCCUAAGAUUGAUUUCUCUUCUUUUUUUCCCUUCGCCUCUUGAUCUCUAUUAAGAAGUUAACUUUACGAUGCUACUUUAAAAAGAAAAACAAACCCAACCCAAAUGUCUAGUGCCUUUCUUAAGGGAAUGCUGCAUCACUGGGCUGGAUCCGAGCAUCCAUCCCUCUGUGAAAAGGAAGAGCCUGAACUAGACAAGCUGUAAAGAUGCCUUUGAGCGUGGGACUGCUUUGAAAGGGGUAGAAAGAAGGGGCAAGAAAGAUGGGCAGUUGUCACGUCAGCUGUGACACUGUGUUCUGUAGCAUUUCAACUGUGGAGGUUUCCUACUUUACCCGUUACUAACAGUGACUUGUCUGGCCUGGUGCUGUACUAAGCUUGGUGUGAAGACAGUAGAAUCGUAGGACAGGUUUUGCUUGCAACAAAAUACGAGUUCUGCUCAUAAAAAAAAUGCUGGUUUCCCCCCUACCUGUCAACCCUGGACACAAAGCAAGGCGAAAACACUUUGUACGGCCGGAGGUGGGUGGGAAGCGUGUGCGCAGCGGGGAGCUGUGGAGAACAGAGGGCGUCCGGCUGACUCCGUCUGGUCGGUGCCACUGUGCCCGAGUGGGACUCUGAAAGGAGACAGUAUCCUGCCAGGGCUGUGGGAAAACCUUGCCUGUGUGUCCCAGGUGCUGCAGCUUGAGGCGUGGAGCGGCUGUGCUGGGAACCCGCCGACUCGGUUGGCUCUGCAGAGCUUUCCUGCGUCCCGCGCGGAGCCCUCGCCCUGGGGGAGCCAGCCAGGCCCCCAGUACAUCAUGGGCUUCCUGCACUGGGCCCAUCACAUUACUGUAGCUAAUCCCCAGGCAGGGUCAUUACUGUAAAUGUUUUUGUUCAGUUGAGCAAGAAAAAAUGCAACUCCCAGGGCACUUUCUUAAAGGUGCCGCUUUAAAAAUUAGUGGGAAAUAAGGACACUUAUUUUUCAAGUUCCUAAUAGAAAUCUUUUUUGAAAUUCCCAGUGGGGGAGGAACAGUAGUUCUUUCUCUUGAAUGACAAAUACCAAUUUGUAUAAUAUCAGUGUUAAAAAUGUUGAGAUUUUCACAAAAUAUUUUAAAAAAGUAUAAUAGUGUCAUUAAUAUAAAAAUAUAAUAGCAGUAUUUAAUCCUUUCAGAUCUGUAAAGAAUAAGGAAAAACAGAAGGUAAAUAUUCUUACAGAGAGUAGCUGAGCUUUAAGGUUCACUUGGUUUAAAGUCCUCAUUUUGUUUGCAAAUGCAUUGUUAAUGUUUAGAGGUUAUACUAAUGUUAUUUAUUAAUUGUUUCCAUUCUUGUAUGCUGCCCACUAAGAGCUUCUUUGUUUGGGAUUUCAUUCACCUGUGUCAGU